CCUCAACAACCACAACAACUAAAACAACCACAAACACAACCACCAAAUAAAUCAGACCGAAUCAAACAAACACACACAUAUAUAUACAAACACGCACACAGCCAUCACCAUGUCGUUCCUCACUCGAUCCGUCCUCCCCAAAACCACCUCCCUCACAACCUCCAUCUCCCGAAUCGCCGCAACCCGCUCAACACGCCCCUUCACCACCUCCCACGCCGUCCACAAGAUCGUCCCCGAGACCGUCAAGGAUGGCCUCCAUCGCGUGGACAGGGCCGUCAGCGAUAAGCUCGUUGACGGCAUCAACAUGGCCACCGCCGCCUCACACAAAGUCAUGGAAACAGCCGAAGAUCUCUCCAACAGCGGCGUCGCGGAACAAGUCGAGGGCAUGCAGGCCCACGCAAAGGGCAAGGCCAAGGAGAUGAAGGGCGCCGCAAAGGGCAAGGCCGACGAGAUGAUGGGCUCCACGCAGGAAAUGAAGGGCACAGCCAAGGGCAAGGCUGAGGAGCUCAAGGGAAAGGCCAAGGGCACCGCUGCCGAGGCAAAGGGAAAGGCUAAAGAGACUGCCGAAGAGGUCCAGAGCAGUUUGUACGACUGAAAGAGGAAAGGGGAGAUAUGGUCCGGAGCAUGAAACUUAAUGAACAAAUUGUAUGACCCCCAAAAAAGGACCAUUUACUACAUACUUGAGAAGUUGGGAUGCCGGGAAGCAAUCAGUGUAACUUAUCA